AUGCUCUCCUCCGUGAUCUUCCUCUCACUUAUCGCUGCUCCUGCCCUUAUUUCCGCUAAGGGCUUGAUCACCAUUACCAUGAAGCCGCAAGGUGACAGGCCAUUCGAAUCUCACCUCGAGAUUGGCGGCAAAGGUCUUUGGGGCGUCCCGAAACAUAAACUCAUUUUCGAGGUGGUCGGCAAGAAAUCCUUCCUGCUCGCUGAAGCGGACAACGACAAAAGGCCAUCGGACGGGAGCUGGUUGGCGGGUGAAGGCUCCUUCGACGUCCAUGCAGACGGUAGUCAAGUGACACGGGUACGUAUCGCAUGUUCAACCCCCAUUGACCUCUGA